AUGCUUAAAUUUCCUUCUCCAUAUGAUAAUGUCCUUCCACACCAGAUUCAAGUUACAUUUCCAAAAGAUCUUUCACCAAAAGAACCUACUCUUGAUCGAGUGAUUGGUUCUCUCGUUGGAUUGGCCAUAGGUGAUGCACUUGGAGCCAGUGUUGAGUUUCGUCCACAUGAGUAUCUUCAAGACAAUCCUGUUACUGAAAUGCAGAGUGGCGGGACGUGGGGUCUUAAUGCAGGUCAAUGGACCGAUGAUACAUCUAUGGGACUUUGUCUUGCUUCAUCACUAAUUGCUAAACAAUGUUUUGAUCCUUAUGAUCAAAUGGUUCGUUAUAAAUGGUGGUAUAAAUACGGCUUUCUCUCGUCUACUGGACAAUGUUUCGAUAUUGGUGAUGGUACUCGUGAAGCGCUUGAAGAGUUUUGCCAUCGUCAAAGCUUUCUAAAAGAAAUCUAUCGUUGCAAGACGGACGAAGAAGUCGAUCAACUUCCACUUGAGAAAGUUCUCAAUGCCAAUGGUUUUAGUUUGAGCUGUAGUUCAGCGGGUGCCGCUGGAAACGGAGCUCUCAUGCGUCUCGCUCCUGUGCCACUCUUUUAUUUUCGGUCACCCACAGAAGCCGUUAGCUAUGCUGGACGCAGCGCUAUAUUAACACAUGGAAACAUAAUAGCGCGCGAUGCUUGCCGAUACUUUGCAGCACUUAUCGUUGCGGCUGUAAGUGGUGAGUCCAAAGAGAAACUCUUAAGUAAUAAGUUUUAUAACGAUCACAAAGCUUGGUUUGGAUCGGAAAAUAUUCAUCCAGAAGUACUUGAGGUAGCUCGGGGCUCCUACAAACAACCUCGUGGAUAUGAUGAUGGAAUUCGAGGUAAUGGAUAUGUAGUGAAAGCGCUGGAAGCUGCUCUUUGGGCCUUUUACUAUGAUCAGAACUCAUUCAAAACGGGUGUUCUAGCCGCAAUUCAGCUCGGAGACGAUACUGACACAACGGCAGCCAUCUACGGUCAAUUGGCCGGUGCUUACUAUGGCUAUCAAAAUAUCCCAGAAAAUUGGCGACGACAGCUCUAUGGUGAGCAACUGAUUACCAGUAUCGGUCAUUGGUUACAUUUUCUCGGAAAAGAGAAGACUAAUACUCAACAGCAACCAUCAAUGCUAGUUAGACAACAUCUAAUACCUACUACAAACUCUCAAUCACAACAUUGGCAGUUAAAUUCCACAAUGUCUUUGCCCGACGGAAUAGAACAGGAUACAUCUAUUGUUGACUUUGCCGACGCUCAUCUACAAUCCUACGUGUCAACAUCACCUAAAUUGCUUCGACAAAACAAUCCUCAUGGUGUUCAUAAUCUCGUUGAUACAAAUUAUGAUACCGACUGGAAACAGUCAUAUCUUAAUUCAACAGCCGAUGCUGGGUUACCCAGAUUUCGCAGAAUUAUCAAAUCAAUCAUUAAUUCUAAGCCACCGUAUCAUUUUAGCAAAAGCUCUCAUUAUUAG